AACAAGCACUAUGUGCCCGGGUUUGUAUUGAAGUAAUAAGAUAACGUAUGAUGAGAAAUUGUUAUUGUUGUUGGUGAAUAGCGAAGAUGUCAUUUGAAUUAACCAUAGGCAUACAGUUUUUUGAGGAUGUUAUUGUCUUUUCAUUUUUACCAAAAAGUAGCCUGUUUACUGUCAACAUGCUGGAAGCCCGCUGCGAAAGCAAACGCAUCUGAAAUGUGAGGAGCUUUGCAACAACCCCCAUAAGAAGCCACGUUGUAAACAAAGUGUGACCAACAGGAGUUAAUGCUGCCGCAGUGAUUUAUAAAGUUGCUCUGGGCUACAAAUGACCUGUAAAAUGAUUUAUGAGGAGGGGUCUGAAAAACUUAAGUCAGCAGAGGAGACAAACCUCUCCCAUAUGUUUGAGGAUCAAAGCUGAAUCAUGGAGGCGGCAGGUUAAAGUUGCAGGAGGGGGGCACAAAGCAGUGCAGUUUUCUUUACUUUCUCCUCCUCCAAGGUGUGGUUAUUGAGAUAGGAACAAAAAGGGCCAGUUUCCUAUGAGUUAGUUGCGAUCAGUCUGUGUUCAAGACCUCACACAGGUAACUUGCCUGUUUGCCCAGGCCAAGUGCUGCAGCAGCCUUCGCUACAUCAAGGCUAUACGAACUCCUUCUCUGUCAAAGCUGUAGCAGAUCCCAGAGGGCAGCAGUAACAUCAGCACCAUGGCUUCAUCUACUGAAGUGCUGGACGGAGGCUGGGGAUGGGCAAUUGUUGGCGCCUCUUUCAUGGCACAGCUCCUGGCCUACGGAUCACCCCAGUCGGUGGGCGUCCUGUACCCGGAGUGGCUGCAUGCCUUCCAGGAGGGCAAAGGCAUGACUGCUUGGGUGGGCUCCCUUGUGGCUGGAGUGGGGCUAAUAGCAAGUCCUGUCUGCAGUGCCUGUGUGGACAAUUUUGGGGCUCGUCCCGUGACCAUCUUCAGUGGCGUAAUGGUGGCGGGCGGCCUGAUGCUCAGUGCCUUUGCUCCGAAUGUCCAGUUCCUCAUCUUUUCCUAUGGGAUCGUGGUUGGCCUGGGUUGCGGUCUGGUCUACGCAGCCACACUGACUAUCACCUGUCAAUAUUUUGACAAGAGACGUGGCCUGGCGCUCGGCAUUGUCACCACAGGCACAAGUGUUGGAGCGUUCAUCUAUGCCUCCGCUCAGAACGAGCUGAUCGUGUUGUUCGGCCUGGAUGGCUGCCUGUUAAUCAUCGGAGCUGUAGCACUCAACCUCAUGGCCUGCGCAGGCUUCAUGAGGCCCCUUAACAUGCCGCGAUACUACCUCAAACAGAAGGCCGCCCUGGAACGCAACACAGAGGAGCAGCUUUUCGAUAAGCCCCCGCUGGAUGACCUGAAGAUCACAGCAGGUUCAACCUCAACCACUCCGGAGAAAACUCUCAUGGUGAAGGAGUUGCUUAUCACAAUCGAUGCCAAAGACUCUGCCGUUCAGACAGAGAAGAAGAAGAAAGGCAGCUUCCUGGCUGGGUUGGCCAUCAUGAAAAUCAUCAACAAGAAGCAGCAGGCUUAUUCCAAGUACAUGCACUCCAUGUAUGAGAUCCUGCAGAACCAAGCUAUGGUGGCUUUCUGUAUUGCUAUCUUCCUGUUCAGCCUGGGGGCGUUUCCUCCUGUGCUCUUUAUAGAGGAUGUGGCGCAGAGCCAAGGACUCAUUGAAGAAGUUAGUGUCAUUCCUCUGGUAUCAAUAGGGGCCAUCGCCACAUGCGUUGGUAAACUGGCGCUGGGUAUGCUGGUGGACCUCAGGUGGAUUAACGGCAUCUAUCUGUAUACCUUCACCAUGUUUGCAGGAGGUGUGGCGCUGCUUCUUAUCCCUGUCACUAAGACUUAUCUGGGACUGCAGAUCCUGUGUGUCGUCCUGGGUUUCUUCUCUGGAAACUGGUCUCUCACCUCCUACAUUACCACUAAGAUUGUUGGCUUGGACAGACUGACACAAGCCCAUGGCAUCCUCAUGUUCUUCGGGGGAUUUGGGAUCAUGCUUGGACCCCCUGUUGUAGGGUGGUUCUUUGACUGGACGCAGUCAUAUGACUUGGCGUUCUACUUCAGUGGGGGCUGUGUGGAGCUGGGAGCGGUCAUUCUCUUUGUGCUCAACCUCCCCUGCUGGAACAGGAAGCACUCCGAGAGUGACAGACCAGAUGUCCAGUACACCACCAACUGUGACAAAGUUGCCUCUGUAGCCUGAAUUUAAGCACCUUUCAUAAGGACUCAAAUCUCAACCCAACUGCCCAGCAACUGUCCGCUGAUAAACUAUACCCAAAACACCUCUGGGAGGAAUUUGACUUUACAUGAGGUUCCUCCUUACUUUUUGCUGCCAGGUUCUAACAUACCAAAAUAUUUUCCAGAGGUUUUGAAUUAUAGGCCUUUCCUCUGUACUUUGCCUGAAUUUGGAGGUUCAAAUCAUAUACUGCAGAUCUUUUUAAAGGUUUGACUCCAAUGCCUGUGUUGAUUUGAAUUAUUGCCUCAUUUUACGAGGUCCACUGAACAAUGUUGUUCAACUCCUAAAUUCUACAUUGUGUUUAAGUAAACACUGGUUUUCACUUUACUGUAGCUCUUUAAAAAAAGACACGGUGCCGUUUAUAAUACCCGGGAGAAAAACAUUGUUGGGUGUUAAUUUAACACAAUAACAACAUUUGAAACCACUCUGCAAAUGCACAAAAAUAUCUCCUAGGAACUUUACUGGAACAGAGAAUACAGGGAUUGGAAUGAGGGAGGGAGCGCUUUUUGAUAAUCAUCAUUUUUAUUUUGUAUUAUAGUUUUAAUAAACUGUAUAUCUUACAUAUACCACUGUGUAUCUUUGCAAAGCAUCAAUGAUAGACUAUGCCUGUCAACACAUAAUGCCUGUUGGAACAAUUCAAAAGCCUUGCUUUGUAGAUCAUUUUUGAGUUCCACAUACCUCCUGUUUCUAGAUCAGACAGACAUUUUGAAUUUGUCAGGCUGAUUCAGAAACAUGUAAAAAAAAAAAACACUGAAGAGAUUUUAAUGUAUUUCCAACCAUAACAGCAUGUUGAUUCUCUUUGUGGCAUGAUUACCAUGACCUCUGCUGGCAUCAAUUUUGACCAGGCUGAUCCUUUCCCAUCAUUGUUGUGUGUGGUAUAUGUUCAUGUGUGCAUUGUGUGUGUGUGUGUGUACAUGUCUGCACACGCAUGGUCGCAUAUGUGCACAGGUUUGUAUGUGUGUGCAUUGUUUGAUAAACUUUUGUAUUAGCACUAGUUUGUAAAGUCCUAUGUGCUAGUGACUUUUAUAUGCACAAAACCGGCCAUAGAGCUGUAAAAAACUGUUUUUGUUGGAAGUUGAUUAUUGUGAUCAUAAUUGUAAUGAAGACAUUGCAAUAGGCUUUUAGAAUCACUUGAAUGUUGUUGAAUACACAACUACAAAUGUAUUUUUGAUAGUUCCAGUUUCAGGCACAAGGGUAAAUCUGAGACAAUAGCUUUUGGUUCAAGGUGCAGAUGAGGUUCAAUUAUUGCUGACCUAGAAGAGAAAGCACUUUGGCUGUCACCCAGCCACUCCUAUUUUGUAUGCCAGUAUUACAAUAUUUAUGUCUGUUAUUGUUUUAUUAUAUAAUUUUAUUUAAAAAGUGCCAAUAAAAUAUUUGGAUUAAUGAUAA